UACUUUACUUCUAAUAGUCGUCUCUCUGGAGUCACCUUUUAUUGAACAAAUUUUCUUUUUCUUUUUUUCUUUUUUUUUUUUUUUUUUUUUUUAAAGAAAACUCUAGCUGCCUUAGCACUCAAUCUUCUUUUUUAAGCUACAAAUGGGUUAUGCUCAACUUGUAAUUGGCCCUGCUGGUAGUGGAAAGUCCACUUAUUGCUCUAGUUUGUAUCAACACUGUGAAACGGUUGGCCGGUCAAUACACAUUGUGAACCUAGACCCUGCUGCUGAGAAUUUUGACUAUCCUGUAUCAAUGGAUAUCAGGGAACUUAUUUCUUUGGAUGAUGUUAUGGAGGAGCUUGGUCUUGGUCCGAAUGGUGCCCUUAUGUAUUGCAUGGAUGAACUUGAGGACAAUUUGGAUGACUGGUUGUCAGAAGAGCUGGACAAUUACAUGGAUGACGACUACCUAGUUUUUGACUGUCCAGGCCAGAUAGAACUUUUUUCACAUGUGUCAGUACUUCGGAACUUUGUGGAGCAUUUGAAGCGUAAAAAUUUCAAUGUUUGUGCUGUGUACUUGCUCGAUUCACAGUUCAUCACUGAUGUAACCAAGUUUAUCAGUGGGUGUAUGGCAUCUCUUUCAGCAAUGAUUCAACUUGAAUUGCCUCAUGUUAACAUCCUCUCCAAAAUGGAUCUUGUAACCAACAAAAAAGAUAUUGAAGACUACUUGAAUCCAGAGUCUCGAGUUUUGUUGUCAGAACUGAAUAAACGCAUGGCUCCUCAGUUUGUAAAGCUAAAUAAGGCUUUGAUUGAACUGGUGGAUGAGUAUAGCAUGGUCAGUUUUGUGCCACUUGACUUGAGGAAGGAAAGCAGUAUACAAUAUGUGUUGGCUCAAAUCGACAACUGCAUCCAAUUUGGAGAAGAUGCAGAUGUGAAGAUCAAAGAUUUUGAUCCGGAGGAUGAUGAGUAGAAUUACAACUUCAAGCACAUGAACUGUUAUUGGAGAUGUAUACUGGAUGCAGCUAUUCCUGGGAGUUAUAAAAAAAAAAAAAAAAAAAAAAAGAACUUAUAGAUAUCACUUUGUAGAUAUGUAAAGGACAGAACUGAGCUGCGAGCAAAAGUUUCGCUUUGGCUUAUGCCAAGAUUUUGUGUGGUGUUCCUAAGCUGACAAUCGACUGUCUUUCUGGCCCCCCUUUCAAAAUGCUGCCAUAUCCUUUGUUUCUUGUUUGGAAAUAUAUGAUGUGCUUGUGUUGCACAUUUCUAA